AUGUGUCUCACGCCCAGCGAUGUGAGCGAGGAGGCCUCGGUGCCGAAGCAGGCGGUCGUUGGCGCGGACGCUUCUGCCAGGGCUGCUGCGCCGCCGAGGACGACGGCGGCGGCGGCGGGCGAGGGCGGCGAUUCGGGCGACGUUGGCGCGGCGUCGGGAGAGGCAACCAUCUUCGACCUUGACUUUUUCCAGUUCGGGGGCUCUACAGGAUGGCCCCCGACCUCCGAGGGGCCCCCCGAGGGGCGGCCCGUGCAGCCGCCCGCCGCGCGCCGGCCGCCGCCCUCCACCGCUGCGUGCGGGCCGGGGCGCCCCUGCAGCGCCCCGCCGCCAGAGAUGGGGGCCGCCAUCACCCAGUGCGCCAAGGCGAUGCUGGUGGAGUCCGACGAGUACGCGUACGUGAAGUCGGAGAGCCCCUUCCAGGCCGCCUCCGGCGAGGGCCCGCAGCUCGCGCUGAGGAUCAGCCAGGCGCCCAUCGAGGCGUCCCACGGGGCGAAGCUGAGCCCCUUCGGCCUAGGCGACGAGGUCGCGGUGGUGCAGGUCGAGAAGCUGAAGGGCUGGGACGCGCUGCGCUGGCGGCAGGACCGCAGCGCAAAGCAGCGGGCGUCGAACGACGUCACCAGCAAGUGCGCCAUCUCAGCGCUGACCCUCCAUGGCCGCUCAGCGUGCUUUGGAAUCACAGUCAGGAUUUCGAUUUCGGGCAACGUGCUCAUCAUUUUGCGUGAUUCGCCUGAAGGACUUUGAGGACGAUGACCCACUUGGGGUACCCCGCUUGCACAUGCAGCGCCCCAGCUUCUGAUUCGGUAUAGUCUAGUGGGACACGCUUGUAUCUUCUCCUCUUUCUGCAGCUGCCCUCCUGUUGCCACCGUCGUUACCUUGCACCCUGUCAACACCAACACGCACAGCCGUCGCCUUGCCCACCACGUCUGUCAGUUGAUUGGCUCUUGCCCGACUGUGCUAUUUUUCUCUGUUCGGGCUAGCGUUCCAGGG